AUGCAGCCGGGGCCUCCUGCUGCUAAUGAAGGCAGCAGCAGCAAAGGGCGUCGCUUCAGGUGUACGCACACCUCAUCUAAUACGCAGAAACGAGGAGUUGCUGCAGCAACAGCACCACCAGCAGCAGCAGCAGUUGACGCAAAGCAAACGCAAGCACAACAAUACCAAGUACGACAGAAACAGCAGCAAAUGCGACGCUACAGCAGCAGCACCAGCAGCACCAGCAACAACAGCAGCAGCAACAGCAGCAACAGCAACAGCAGCAAACCUGGUGGUGCUCUAGGCCUCCCCAUAGAUGCUGCUGCGCCUGUGAUGAUUUUUCUUUGUUGUAAAGGUCUCGCAGCAGCAGGAGCCGUAGUUGCUGCAGCAUCGGUGUUUGCUGCAGCAGCAGCAGCAGGACCAGCAGCAGCAGCAGCAGCAGCAGCAGGCUUGUGGGGUGUGAAGGUCCUGAAAGCAAAGACAUCUAAGGGCCUCUUUGCCCUUCUCGUUCUUUCAACCUGCACUAAGUCAGCUAAAACCUGA